GCGGCCAUCGCGGCUUCACCCGGGGGGAGUCUAUGGGAGUACCGGCAGGCAGGGGCUGGGAGAGCCGGAAACACGGGCAGCGCCUCCCACAGUGUGCACAGCGCAGGGCCGGAUGUGAACACACUUACAUACCCCCUCCGGCCGGCCGACAUCCUCCACACUGCAGACCUAGUAUUGAAAUUAUUCAUUACUCAUGACUUCUCAAACCAUUGGAAUCUGGCGCUCAGUCCCACGCUAUCCUUCAAUAUUGAAACACAUUGAAAGAUUACAAAUUAAGAAGAGAGUCUUUAGUGUGGAUGUUCCUAAAUCUCGGAGACGAGUUGUGGUGACUGGAAUUGGCACAAUAUGCCCCCUAGGAGUUGGUACAACGUUGGUAUGGGAACGUCUAAUCCAAGGUGCAAGUGGCAUUGUUGCUCUUGAAGGAGAUGAUUAUAAAAAUAUCCCUUGCAGAGUGGCUGCUCGUGUACCCAGAGGACCAGCUAAAAGACAAUUCAAUGAAGAACGAUAUAUCUCCAAGUCGGAGUUUAAAGCCAUGUCAACAGCCACCAUCAUGGCACUUGGUGCUGCAGAAGAAGCAUUUGCAGACUCUGGCUGGAAACCAGAGACUGAAACAGAACAAGAAAGGACUGGUGUAGCCAUAGGAAUGGGAAUGGUCCCUCUUGAUGAUAUAACAGAAACCUACACAUUAUUUAAAACAAAGGGAUAUAAUAAAGUUAGUCCUUUCUUUGUUCCUAAAAUCCUAAUUAAUAUGGCUGCGGGCCACAUCAGUAUCAAAUACAAACUCAAAGGUCCUAAUCAUGCUGUGUCAACAGCUUGCACUACAGGGGCCCAUGCCAUUGGAGACUCUUUCCGAUUUAUUGUUAAUGGAGAUGCUGAUGUUAUGGUGGCUGGUGGAACAGAAUCCUGUAUUGGCUUUCUGUCUAUUGCUGGAUUUGCAAGAGCACGGGCACUUAGUACUAGUUACAAUUCAAGUCCACAACUGGCUUGCCGCCCAUUUCAUCCUGAACGAGAAGGCUUUGUAAUGGGAGAGGGAGCAGCUGUGCUUAUUCUAGAAGAAUAUAACCAUGCCAAGGCCAGAAAUGCCAAGAUCUACGCAGAAGUUUUAGGCUAUGGAUUAUCGGGGGAUGCUUGUCACAUAACUGCUCCAAGUCCAGAGGGCGAUGGUGCCUUUAGGUGCAUGAAGGCAGCCAUAAAGGAUUCAAAAAUACGGAUAGAGGAAAUAUCCUACAUCAACGCCCAUGCGACUUCCACACCCCUGGGUGAUGCAGCUGAAAACAGAGCCAUCAAGAGACUUUUUGGAGAACAUGCAUAUUGCCUUGCAGUGUCUUCUACUAAAGGUGCCACUGGACAUUUGCUGGGUGCCUCAGGGGCUAUUGAAGCUGUGUUCACUAUUUUGUCUUGUUACCAUGGAAUGCUACCACCUACCCUAAACCUUGAUAGGACUGAUCCAGAGUUUGAUCUCAAUUAUGUUCCACUUAAAGCCCAGAAGUGGAAAUCACAGAAUACACGUGUAGCUUUAAGCAAUUCAUUUGGCUUUGGUGGCACUAAUGCUACACUUUGUUUUGCAAGUCAUUGAAAGAUAAUAUUUUAUGUAUUAGUAUUUAGUUAAAUUAUGGCAUUUUGUACUUUAUUAAAGUUUAUAUCGGUCAA